AUGGGACGGAGCCGCAGCCGGAGUGGCUCGAAGCCGCGAGACGGGGCUGGAGGCAAACGUGAGAAGGGCACGAUCAACACUUGGAACAACGACCGCCAGUUCGGCUUCGUCUCUUGCGACUCUGGCCGCCAGGAUCUCUUCACUCAUGCGGAAUACAUCACGGAUACCAACGCACGAUACGAUGCGAAGACACGUGGCUUGCGCCGUGGGGAUAGGAUAUCCUUCGAGGUCGAAGAGCCACAGGGUAACAAGAAGAGUCAGCAGGCUGUGAAUGUCGAGAUACUAGAGCUCAUGAAGCGCUCUCGCUCCCCGAGCCGCCGACGCAGCCGCAGCCCUCGCCGGUCCAGGUCUGGAGGUGGUGGCCGUGGUGGCGGCGGUCGCGGUGGUGGCGGCGGUGGUAGGCCACCAAGUCGGCCCAUGCAGCGAGCCGGAGACCGGGACUUUGCACGGCGCGACGACUCUCGCAGACGCGACCGCCGCGACUCGCGCGCUCGCGACUCCCGUGCAAGGGGACCGAGGCAGAGAAGUGCUCGCAAGGGAUCGCGCAGCAGAAGCUUCCGCAAAGCAUCGCGCAGCAGCAGGCGCUGA